GUAGUAACCUCUUCUGUGAUUGUUAUUCUUGAGUCCUGAACAAUUGUAAUAGGACUCCUUCCUUCAAACUCUUGACUUGAACCACAAGACAAUCCAUCUCUGAUGGCAAAGAAUUUUGUUAAUCUCUAAUCAUCUCUAUAGCUUUCACUCCUUUCCUCCCCUGUAUUGUUUAUAAACCAACCAAUCCAUGAAGACAAGAAUGGUUAACAGAACCUGAAUUUUAAUUACAGAAGGCAUAAUCAAUGGUUGGAGCUCAGAAUAGGAUUGAAAUGGCUCCAAGUACUAGUUCAAGUGGGGAAGGAAGAGGAGCAGAGAUUGUGUUCUUUGAUUUGGAAACAACAGUACCUAGUGAAGCUGGAAAAAAGUUUUGGGUAUUGGAGUUUGGUGCAAUUGUAGUUUGUCCAAGGAAUCUGGUUGAGCUGGAUAGCUUCUGUACUCUCAUCAGACCGCCGGACCUCACGGUGGUUAGACUUAAGUCCGGUCGAUCAGAUGGUAUAACUCGAAAAGCGGUUGCUAGUGCUCCCAUGUUUGAGGAUGUGGCUGAUAGGAUUUUUAGUAUCUUGAAUGGUAGAGUAUGGGCUGGACAUAACAUACAGAGAUUUGAUUGUGCUCGGAUUAAGGAGGCUUUUGCUGAAAUCGGCCAGCCUGCUCCGGUGCCUGUUGGGAAGAUUGAUUCAUUGGGGAUACUCAAACAGAAGUUUGGCAAGAGAGCUGGUGACAUGAAGAUGGCAACUUUGGCUGCUUACUUUGGCCUUGGCGAACAAAAACACAGGAGUCUCGAGGAUGUCAGGAUGAACUUAGAGAUCCUCAAGCACUGUGCAACUGUUUUAUUCUUGGAAUCAACCCUUCCUGCUGUACUGGUUAAUAACUCACAGGGCUCUUCAACAGUUGUGACAAGAAGUAGGAGUAAUGGGCAGUUAUUACAUGGAGAAGAAACAAGCAGAAAGUCUCAUAUUCCCCUUGAGUACCAGAAAGCUCAUACUCCUCUUGAGUACCCAAAAGCUGCUCCCUAUGUUAGGAUGUCAGAGAGGAUAAAGAAUCUCAUGUGUAAAGCCCAGAAUAAACCACCUCUAACUAACUUCCUUGAGCAUUCUCAUUCACUGUUGAGAUGAUCAGAGGAAGUGAUCUCAUGUCUCCAGACUCUCCCCCUCUUCUUAUGCUACCUGAAAGAUUGACAGUGUGAAGUCACAGUAGGAAGAAAGAUUGUGAACAGCUUUGUUUCAUCCACUCCUGGAUGCCAUUUGAAAUCCAGAAACUUGUGGCAGCCUUUUCUUGCAAUGGAGAAUUCCCCAACAUUUGUCUUCAAGAAGGUGCAAGGCAACAAAGGGAGCUAACCUCUAGCUGAUUGAAGACUUGUAUAUAUAACAAUUCUUUAUUGGAUAUCACAUCCAAAGCAUUUACCUGUAUAACAUUGUUUUUAAUUGUAUAUUCUUUCCUUAUAGGAUGAUUUCUGCCCUUUCUAUUGACAUCCUCAUUGCCAUUGGAUCAA